AUCAUAACCAAACCAUCACCGUCUAUCUGUCAUCCAAUGGCUGAGGAGAAGCACCACCACCACCUCUUCGGGCACCACCACAAUGAGGACGAGGAGGAGAGGAUUUCCGACGACGUGGCGAUCACAGGCGGCGGCGAUGAUUUCGCCGGCGGAGAUUACUCCUCAAAGAACAUUGGCGGCGAAUACUCGCCGACAGCAGAGGAGACUGUCGAAGACUAUGAGAAGGAGAAAAAGGAACACAAGCACAAGGAGCAUUUGGGCGAGAUAGACUCUCCCGUCUCCGACGACGAAUUAGAUUUGUACGAGAAAGAGGAGGCUAAGAAGGAACCGAAGCACUGCUGCCAUAACCACAAUAUAGAAGAAGAGAUUUCAGCCACCGCAGGCCGCGCCUUCCAUGAGCAUCACGAGAAGAAGGAAGCCAAGGAGGAGGAGGAGGAGGACGACGAAGAGGAAGCUGAAGGGAAGAAGAAACACCACUUGUUCUGAAAAAAAUAGUAAAUAAUAUUGUAUCCAGGCUUAAUUAAUUAGCUUGCUUAAAAUGUUUAUGCUAAUUUGUGCUCUAUUCUAAUGUGUGCUGUUUGCUUUCAGUUGUAAGUGCUGAGGUUUAUGUGGUUUGCUCGUUUUUGUACUUAAUAAUUGUGGCGUGCAUGUUUUCUUUAGCCAAUAUCUCAACAAUUUUUUUGGCAA